AUGCAUAAGGAGUCAUAUCAUUACAGGGGAACUUUUGUUUUUCCGCUGAUGCCAUCAAGAGCAAUGGGCCAGGCAGCAGGCAGGUAUAUAAGCAGCACAAUUCAGGCCCAAUCCUGGCCACUCUUCACAGACUCUGCUCACUCAGGAAAAGGGUGUGCAUGUCCUCAGUUUGUGUCCACCAUGGUCCUGUUGCUGCAGGCGUCAGUAUUAAUCCUGCUGCUGGCGUCUCUGCCUGGAUCACAGUCUACUCCAUCCCAGCAUCUGUGUGGCUCAAGCCUGGUGGAUGCGCUUUACCUUGUGUGUGGGCCUAGAGGCUUCUUCUACACCAACAGAGGCAGGAGAGACCUGGAGACCUUGCUGGCUUUGCUCUCAAAUUUAGCUGGUUAUGAGGCAGCAGAGGCGGACCCGCUGAAAGAGAAGGUGAUGAAGAUGAAGAGGGGCAUUGUGGAACAGUGCUGCCACCGGCCCUGCACCAUCUACCAUCUGGAGGACUACUGCAGCUGAACAG